AUUGAUCAUUGAAACAAUAAAUCGGUCAAUAGCAGAGGUUACCGUCAUACGCCGAAGAGGCGUCAGUUAUAAAUAUGCAGUCAAUCUGUUAAUGAGCAUAUUAAAUGUCUAAAAUUUUUGAUCAUUUAACAUAGCGAAACAGUAGAUCGGUCAAUAAUUAAAUGUCUAAAAUUAUUGAUGCAUUUAACAAAGCGUAUAUUUUAACAGAUUACAAUAUUCAUAAAAAUCUUGACGAAAGAUACGAAUUUAGGAAAAAAACCAUAAGUGAAGAUGAAUCUCUUAAUCCAGAUGAAAAAAAAGAGGCAAUAAGAAUAUUAAGUAAACGUUAUGACUAUGAUAAAAUUAUAUCUAAUGAAGGAAUAAAAAGAAUUUGUGAUAACUGUAAAAAAGAACGUUUAGCGCUUUCAUAUUGUGAGCAUUGCGUUCGGAAUUAUUUAAAAAAAAAAUUUUCUGAUUGGACAUCAAAUAACAAUAAAAUUGAUAAUUUGAUAAAGAAAUGUCAGAUGCAAACCAUUGGUCCAAAUAAAAUAAUUGAGUGGAUUCCAUACAGUGAUUUUCAGGAUAUUAAAUAUUUCACUAAAGGAGGAUUCUCUAAUAUAUAUUUAGCAAAAUGGAUUAAUGGACAUUUUAUAGAAUGGAACUCUGAUGAAAAACGGUUAAAACGAAAUGGAAUGGAGAGUGUAAUUCUUAAAGAUUUAGAAAGUGUAGAAAGUGCUAAGAGAAGUUGGUUUGAAGAGGCAAAGUCGCACUUAACUAUUAGUAAUAAAUGGGCGGGUAUCAUUCAAUGUUAUGGCUUAACUCAAAAUCCUUCAAACGGAAAUUAUAUGCUUGUAGUAAGUCAAAUGGACAUAGAUUUAAGAAGUUAUUUACUACAAAAUCGUAACCUUACAUGGAAGGAAAGAAUUAAAAUUAUUGUUGAUAUAAUUGACGCUCUUUUAAGAAUUCAUAAAGAAAAUGCAAUCCAUAGAGAUUUGCAUUCAGGAAAUAUAUUACAUUUACGAAGUUAUAAUUGUUGGUAUAUUAGUGAUCUUGGAUUUUGUGGACCCGCUGAUAAACCAUUAGGAAGUAUAUAUGGAAAUCUUCCCUAUAUAGCACCAGAAGUUAUAGCUGGUAGAGGAUAUACCGAAAAAUCUGAUAUUUAUAGUGUUGCAAUGCUAAUGUGGGAAAUUUCGUCUGGACAACCACCAUUUAUUAAUUAUGAACAUAAUUAUGAUCUUGCAAUGGAUAUUGUUGCUGGUAAAAGACCAAAGAUUGUGUCAGGAACCCCAUUACAAUAUAAAGAACUAAUGGAACGAUGUUGGAAUGCAAAUCCAAAAGAAAGACCUAAUAUUGAUAUUCUUUGGAGCGAAAUGAUGAAGAUUAAUAAAUCAUAUCAUCAAAAUAAUAUUGAUCAUUCAGAUAAUUCGCACUUAAGUGUAAAUUAUAAUAUAAAUUCUAUUUCUACGAAUCUAUCUUGUAGUAAAAUUUUUAGUUUUAAUAAUUUACCCGAGCCAAGAAAUGCUACUAAAGAUGAACUAGAAGGAUAUCAUAGUAUACAAAAUGAUUUAGGAAUUCCAAAUACUAACGGUAUUAUGUACAAUAAUAAGAUCGAACAGAAUGAUGAAAAUGAACCGGAGGAUUCAGCUUUGAAAUGAAUUAAAUGAUGAAGGUAUUUACUUUUUUCAAAUUACUAAUAAAGUUGAAAAUAUUAUUAAUAAAUUUAUGACACAAUGGUUUAUUUCAAAAGAUUGGAAUUAUUGAAGGUAAUUAGUUAAAAUUUAAUCAUUUUAACUAAUAAUAAAGUAACUGUCUCAUAAUUGUAUUGCAUAAGUUAAUCAAUAUGGACUUAAAAAGUAAUUUAAUAUGCUUUAUUAUAAUCAACUAACUACAAAAGUAGUAUCUUUAAUUUUAUAAUUAAUAUCAAAAGUAAUUAGUAUUUUUAUUUUUAUUAUAAUUAAUUUAACU